UGCCUGGUCGCCUAGCAACGUCCCAAUUCGGAGCGAUGGAGGCCAACAGCAGCAGGGAGCUCGAAGCCAGGAAUUAUUUGGAAAAACACCGGAUUAUGGAGUUGCUGACCUAUCUUGCCAGCGCCCUCCUCUUUUUCCGGCCGGAAAAACCAAGAGAGUAUUUAAUAUCUAUAUUGGAACGGCUGAGAAUUGCCAAAGUAUCAGGCGUGGCUUUCCCUUUCUUUAUGGAUGACUCUAACAUUGCAGCCAUGUUUCAGAUGCUGGACUCCUCGAAUAAAGGAUCCAUAUCAUUUAUACAGUAUAAAGAAGCCCUAAAAACCCUGGGUCUGUGUACUGCAGAUGAAGUUUUAAAAGAUGAUGGACAUGGAAUAACAUGUGAAAAAUUCAUGCGUGAAGUGAACAAGAGGACUCAGGAAAUAUGGUCAGCAUUUUAAUAACACUUGGGAAAACAAAGGGAAAAGAUUCCGAGUCAUAUCGAAGUGCAGCUGAGCCGCUCCUCCUUCAUUGAAGUGAUUGGCAAGAAUUAUCUGAAAAAAAGGACAAUUCAUAUAGCAGUUGCCUCUGUCAUCACAGCCCAAAAUAGUCUACUCUUACUUACUUCUUGGUAGAUGUAUAUGUCCAGCUUCUCUACAAGCAUUUGCCAGAAGAUUUUAAACAAGGAGAAGCACAGCUGCUGCUCCAGCUGCAGUAAACGGUCUCGUAAAGUAAGCAGUAAGGGGCAAGCCGAACUGGACAGGGACAUCACGGCCUGCUCUGACUGCGAUGGCAGGGACAGCCACCUGGAAAAAAACAGAAACAGCACUGCCUGGAGCACAUUAAUUUUUAUUAUGAAAUUUUUCAUCUCUCUGUAUUUUUAAAGAUUUAACAAAUCAUUUUAAAUGUGGGGAAGUGCACUGUCCUGGGGCAUUUUGGAUAAGAAAAAAUGUACAGCCCAACAUUAAAAGCUCUCUCAGAAAAUAAAGGUACUUAUG